UUGUCAACAGAGGAUAGAAUCUGUUGUGGGCUUCAAGUUUUUAUUAGUGGAUUCUUCUUGUUAUAAACAUUGAAGGCCUAAUAUGAACAUAUAAAAUCAAAUAUCCCUACUGAUACCAUGACCGUAUAUUUGUUUGAUGGUUUGAAGCUGUGUCGACUUCUAUCUACCCGCAUAUAAAGAUUUGGCUCGAACUGGGGCUUAUUGUUUAUCCCACACAGCAUCCCUAGAUGUCAAGUGUGUGCCCAUAACACACUUGUCGAGGCCCAUAUGGGUGUAUGAUUGCAUAUGCAUUUUUGUGUUUACGUGUGUACAUAUCACAAUGCAUGUGCAGGAGUAUUUUUGAAAUAUUUGGAAUUUUGACGGGUCUUUUACGACAGCUUGUAGAAGUUUGUAUCUAUUGUUGUUCUCUUUUAUAUUUGCCUGCAUAUGAUAUGUUAAGUGCACGACGGGCCUUCUACAACGACCCUCGGAUGCUUGCAUUUGCUGUAGUAUCAUCAGCCUUUGCUCAUAACGGGUCAAUGCAUUUUCUUAACAUUGAACGGUUAUUGAACGUAAAGGUGAUGUAGCAUUCAUUGCCUUCUAUUACGAUGACUUAUAGGUGUGUAGGCAUCAUUCAUCGUUGUCAUAUGGCAUUUUGUUCUCAGAUGACAUUUUGUGUGUAUAGCGAGUCUCUUACAAGGGCCUGCAAACACUUGCAUUUGUUGCAUAUCAUCUAGUGUUUGCUUGCAGAUUGAAUAUAGAAUGUAUGACAAGUAUCCUACAACCCCAUAGAUAUUUGCAGUUUGCUAUGCAUCAUCUUCUCUUGCUUGUAGGGAGCCGAUGCAUUCGACUAAUGUUGGACAAUCGUUGGCUUUACGUGCAUGAGGAUCAGUGUAUUUGACUAUCGUUGUAUUGUUAAAUAUGAAGGCAUUGUGACAACUCGUAAGUACCUCGCAUACAUCAAUUGUAUGUCCUAUAUGUUUUGCUUGUGAAUGUCAUUGUUUUCAUUACAUUCAUCUUUUCAUUAGUGUUCAAAAGGAGCCUUUCAUAUUCAUCGCAUGUCAAUCAUCAUUGCUUGCGGGUAGAUGAGCAUGCUCGUUUAUGAACUGAUGCUGAUUGCUGGGUGGAUUGUACUCAUUGCAGAUAUCCUCCACAUCUGUUCAUCGGCAACUCAACAUGCUCAUUGUAUGUUGACUUUCAGCUUUCGUAGGCAACUACUGCAUUUAUCCACGAGUUAACUGUCAUUGACUAGAGAAAAGUCAUAAUACUCAUUGUAUGCUUUCAUCGACAAGAUGUUGCAUUUGCUAAAGAGUUUUGCAUAUUUGCCUGCAAUCAAACUGUAUAUUCCUUAAUUUUCAUUGCCUGUGGGGUUGGAUACCUUUAUUUCUAUUUUGAUGUCGAUUGUGGAGCAUUGUUACAUUCAUUGCAUAUUGAUUUUCAAUGUUCGUAGUGACUUCCGCAUGUACUUGUAAGCUUGCUACAUGAAGUGUUAUUGUUUGCAGUCUAGUCAACAUGUUUGCGUGGUGUUGAAUAGCAUUGGUUGUGCAUAGGCAUCAUUCACUCAACUCAUUGGAUGCUUCAAAUCGUCAUGGCAUAUUUUGACAUUCAUUGGAAGUUCUGUUUUGCUUAUGUGUGGGUUAUUAAAGAUCUCAUUUGCUUGAAGUUCCCUCCACCACAAGUCCUUUGUUUAUUCAUUGAUGUUCAUUUGAAUGGCUCAAAUCAUUAUCUAGCAUUUGUAUAUAUAUUUUUUUUAAUUUCGUUGUGCAUUUGACAAACUAAAAUUCAGUUCCCUACUAAUUUAUUUAAGUCCAAGUUCUUGUUAAUCAUUCAAUUCAAGUUCUCUAUUGAUUAGUUCAUAUUUAGAUUUAAGUCUUUCAAGUUCCUUGUGUUCACUUGAGUUUGAGUUUAAAUAUAGUCCCCUAUUUUUGUUCAAGUUACUAGAUGUCUUCAGGCUGAAUUUCGGCAUCCUUCCGGCAUUUCCUCCGUUUAGGAAAAACUACAGGAGAUUGGGCCAUCCCACCAUGCUACGAGAGUGUGUCGGAUGGUAGGUGUCGGAUGACACCGCGGCCAUAUUUCUUCAAUCCCACCACGUACGAGAGUGUAUGGGUCUUCAAGGUACCUGUUUCAUGACGUAAUUAACUUUCCCCGUCACACUAUGAGAGCGUGUACAAAUACUUAGAAAUGUCCCCGCCACGCCACUAGAGCAUCACCUACCCGCCUCAUCGCAAGUGUCGCACCGAGCUCCCUCCUAUCGUGCUACGAGAGCGCGUAAAGGGCGUCCACUGGUUCGCCCCAAAUGUCAAGAGCGGGGUUUUUGAAGUUUAGGAUUUUAUACUUGCGCGAUGUUGACGACAACGGGGUGGAGGACGGCGAAAUCACAAAUGCACAAAAAUUUUCUUUCUUUUCCUUCUUUCUCUUUUUUUAUUUUUAUUUUCCCUCUUUUCAUUUUUUUUAUUUCUCUUUCCCUUCUUUUUUUUAUGUGUGCGUGUGUGUAUAUAUAUAUAUAUAUAAAGAGAAAUGAGAGAGAGAACUAGAGAGAGAUCGGGUGAGGCUCUUUAGACUGAGGGUAGAAAACGGAUGAGGGAAAUGGUUCGGUCUUUGCUCUGCUUGGAACAGGGAUAUAGACUGGCAGGUUGAAGUGUGAGGGAUAGAUGUGGAUUUUUGGCAGAGGAAGGGACCGGUCCAGCAAGGUAGGGGAAUUCGAAGGUCGUUCGGGUCUAGGGGUGCGGGGUUUUGCGGCACAGUAGAUAGGAGAGCUGCAGCUUCAUCAGUCGAUGGGUUGGAUGAGUUUGGAGUUCGGCUUCAGCAGUCACAGGAGUCCGUCGAGAGUGGCUAGCAGGAUCGGAUGCAAGCUGGGGGGAUUUUGGUCUACUAUUGGAGAAGUUGGACUAGAGGAAUCAAGAUAAGAAGAAGGCAGGAAGGGGAAGAAGUCGGAAGCUCUUGUGUGCGUGAGGUCUGCGAAAAAAAUGACCGAAUCGAGAGAUGUUUGUCUCUCGAUUUAUUAAUGAAGGCAGAGGCGGCAUCGAGGCAAGCUAUGCACGCGAGGAAUGGGCUUCGACAGGUAAAAUUCCUAAUGAUUGGCUUGAAGCAUCAGAUAUAUUAGAGUUGCGUCAUUUGGACAGGUCUUUUGUUUUCUUCGGCGAACAGCUUCAUAUAUUGGUAUGCUUAUCAGCAACUGAGCAAAAUGAACAAAUCGUCACUCCAUUUAAGGUUGCUGCUGUUAUGUCAAGAAACGAUAGUUCUUCACCGAAUAGGAUGCAUCAUAAUGGGAUUUCAGAGAAGAUGGAUUCUGAGCAGGAGAUAACUGUAACAAAAUCUUUGCUUCAAAAGGAGGGCCAUCAGCAACAGAUAGAAACACUUCUAGAAAGAUUUAGGCGUUCAAAUUUCUUUGUCAGACUAGCCGAGUCUGAUGAACCACUGUGGUCUAAAAGAUAUUUAGCAGAAUCAUCUUCAACCAAGUUAGAGAUGGCAGGGGGGAUAUCACAUUCAAAUUAUGGGGCUUCAAAACAAGGAUACCAUAAUCUUCUCAGUACAGUUAUUGAUCAAGGAAGUUUUGACUGCAAUGCUUCUGGGGGGGUAGCUAGAGAUACCAUCAGAUGUUAUUCAUUGUCCAGUGGUGACAUAGUGGUUCUUUUGCAAGUAAAUGUUGCAGCUAGCAAUAUGAAGGAUCCUAUGCUUGAGGUUCUUCAGUUUGAGAAAUAUGAAACUAUUGCUCAUUUUGAGAAAUCAAGUGAUUUACAUACUUCAAAUCAUUACAAUCCCUGUGGGGAACUUCUCGAUUGGUUGCUCCCUUUGGAUAUUACUUUACCUCCUCCCACUCCCUUGUCACCUCCCUCUCCCUUAGUACAAGCUGCAUCAUUAGGUACUCAAAGGUCGGCAUCAUCUUCCCAUGCUGGUUCACCGAUUUUCUCGUUUGGUCACUUCAGAAGUUACUCCAUGCCAUCACUCCCACAAGUUAGUACGCCACCUAUUACUGCCGCUGCUUAUAAUUCAAGAACUGGUUUUGACAUCGAAGAUUUAUAUCGUUUCACAUCUGGGAUUUCAAAGAAUCAGGAUAUGGGAAAUGAGGAACUUUUAUCUUUUCGAGGCAUUUCUCUUGUGCCAGAACGUUUUUCUGUUCAUUGUGGACUUGAAGGUAUCUACUUACCUGGCAAGCGAUGGCGGAGAAAGCUGGAAAUUGUUCAACCAUUAGAAAUUCAAAGUUUUUCUGCUGCAUGCUCUACAGAGGAUGUUUUGUGUAUUCAGAUCAAGAAUGUUUCGCCAUCACAUUUACCGGAUAUAAUUAUAUUUUUGGAUUCGAUUACUAUUAUAUAUGAGGAUGCAUCAAAAGGUGGUCCACCUUUGUGUCUGCCCAUUGCAAGUAUUGAGGCAGGAAAUGGCCACACUUUACCGAAUCUUCCCCUCAGGAGAGGUGAGGAGCAUUCUUUCAUUCUGAAGCCAGCAACCAAACUAGUUGGGAAUCUUAAGGGCCAUAGUAAUGCACACGCUAUGGUUUCACAUGGAAAGGUAGGCGCAACUGCGUUGAGUUUGGCUUCAAAUACUAGUGAGGUGAGAAGCAUUUCACCAAGCAUAGAUCAGUACGCAAUCUUGGUAUCCUGCCGUUGUAACUAUACUGAGUCCAAGUUAUUCUUCAAGCAGCAAACAAAUUGGCGUCCCCAUAUUGCCAAGGAUCUCAUGAUCUCUGUAGUGUCAGAAAUGUCUAAGGACCCUACUGGAUUGAGCACAAUAUUCCCACAACUUCCAUUCCAGGUGUUAACCCUCCAUGCCACAAAUUUAACAUCUGAAGAUCUCACUCUUACUGUUUUAGCUCCAUUAUCAUCUUCUUCUUCCCCUUCUGUGGUUCCCUUAAGUUCCACACCAAGAACUCCUGUUAAUGGUUUUAAUGGUGUUCCUGAAUUGAUGGGAAGAGUUGCUGGGGAUAAAAGUGCUAGCAGCAUGCAGAGGCCGAGUUUCAUGUCUGCUGUUACUGAGACCCAGAAAGUCCAUGAUUUUAGUGAUAAAAGAUUGAUUUCUCUUGCUGAGCGGGUUAGUGCAACUUCUGAAUUCAUUUCGAGUACAAAUCUUGGAUGUACCCAUCUGUGGUUGCAGAGCACAGUGCCCCUAGGACUUGUUUCAGCGCACUCAAGUGCUACUGUCAAGCUUGAGUUACUUCCACUAACUGAUGGGAUAAUAACUCUCGACACACUUCAAGUAGCUGCUCAAGAGAAAGGAGUAACUUACACUCCAGAGCAGCCAUUGAAGAUCUAUGCUACUUCCAGCAUCUCUACAGGUAUUAUGUAGGCUACUUUCCAUCAUAUACUUGAUCAAUACAUGAAUUCUCUUCUACAUUUUGGACUAGCAAUGUAAAGAUAGAGGCAUCAUAUCAUGAGAGGAUCCUAAGUAGCCACAGAUAAUUUUUUUUUCCAAGCUUGAUGACUGCUACUGCAAAUAUAUGGGCUCCAAAUCACUUUUGAUGACUUGAAGACCAGUUGAAAAGAAACUCUGAUUGAGAUAGCAGAUUGGGCUGUUCUUCCAUUGUUCUUUGUAGUUUGUUAUGGUUCUUUAAUAGCUUUGUUUAUAAAAUUGAUGUUUGUGGGUUAAGCCCUGACAUUGGCCACCUUUAUCCAAUAUUCUAUGUACAGAUUGGAAAUAUGGAUACAAUGAAUAUAGAGAUAUCAAUUACUUUUUAAAUGAAAUUUUGGUGUAUUAUACUUA